AUGGCCGGACCGUCCCCAAGUACAGCGACCGGAGGCGGGCAUGGAGGCACGGCCGCCGGUGGCCAGGCUAGCCAUGGGCCUAGCAACCCUGCCUACUAUGCCAUGUUCGCCGCGAGGCAGAAGGUGUCAGAACAGGCAAUGAGAUACUAUGCGGCAGGGAUCUGUGGCUUGAUCGCCGUCUUUGUGCUUUUCCACUGGACACGUCUGCUGGUGGUAAAGCUGGAGAGAUCCAAGAAGCCUCUGGGAAUGUUUGGCCGUCCUUUCGUGGCAACCUCAAGGUAUGAAGGGAGAUCUGGUAGGAUGGCUCUGGUCAACCUCGCAUUCCUCGUCUUCCUAGCCCUCAAGAACACGCCCCUUGCUUUUCUCACAGCUUACUCAUAUGAACGACUCAACUGCCUUCACCAAAUCGCAGGCUACACCAUGUUUACGCAGAUGGUUCUGCACGGAGCCAUGUACACGGCCUUCUUCAACAGCCAAGGCCGCCUGCUGACCAAGUAUGCCGAACCGGGUGAGAUCGCAGCCAUCGUUGCAGGCUUUGCUUUCCUCAGUGUCGUAUUCGCAGCGGUCAUUCUUCGGCGCUUCUGGUAUGAGUUGUUUUAUGUCACUCACAUUACCUGCUGGAUUGUGGGCAUCGUUGCAACAGGCUUCCACCAGCCCGAGUUCACCAAGCCAGCAUACAUCAUCACACUCCUUGCCGCAUUGAUGUGGGUCGCCGACCGCAUCAUCAGGAUGUCUCGAGUCUUGUACAACAGUGUCAACAACGAAGCCACUCUUUACCCUCUGCCCAACGGGGGAACCAAGGUCGUUCUCAAGAAGGUUCCGGCAAGAGCUGAACCAGGAAAGCACUGUUUUAUCUGGUUGCCCGCUAUUCGGAAGUUGGAGACACACCCCUUUACCAUCCACCGCGGAUCGCCUGUCGAGUUCACCGUCAAGGCUCAGAAUGGCUUCACACGAGAUCUUCACAACUAUGCCGUUGCCAACCCUGGUGUCUCAGUAAAGGCAUCGGUUGAUGGUCCUUAUGGCACCUUCCCUGACCCCAUGGAGUUCGACAAGAUUGUGCUUAUUGCUGGCGGUGGCGGUGCUACCUUCACAUUUGGUUUGGCAGUGAAUGUUCUGGAGCGGAUGACAGAGGAGACUCACAAGAAUAUUGUUUUUAUUUGGGCAGUUCAAAAGCACGAGAACCUCUCUUGGUUCAAGGAACAGCUCGACCUCUUGCGCACCCACGCUCACUCAACCAAAGUCAACGUCACCCUCUACGUGACCCGAUCCCCCAUCUCGACCUCCGACCUUCCGAGCGACGGGCAGAACCCGCUCCUUCAAUCCAGGUCGUCAUCCUCUGAUAAUGAAGUGGCCUCACCGCCACGGUCACCUAUUGAUACCGAUACGGAGAAGAACGAGCCACGUAUUCCAGUUCCCACGCACCGACGGCCACUGGGGGAUAGGGACCCCGAGAAGGAGAUGCACGAAGCCAUCGAGACCCAUGUCGAGCAUCAGAGCAGCCGAUCGUCAGGCAAAGAGAUUGUUACUUCGGCGUCAGCGCACCGGUUUGAGCACCCAAUCAAGGAGGGUCGUCCAGAUGCGGCUUCGUUGAUCAGGGACGCUGUCAACAGCACACCGGCUAACCAACGGGUUCUGGUGGCUGCAUGCGGGCCACAUGGGUUGAUGAGAGUGGUCAGGGAUACUACCGCGAGGUUGAUCCAGGGGGAUGGGCCAGGGGUUGAACUGCAUUGUGAGCAGUUUGGGUGGUAA